GGCGUGCGGCUGCGGGGCGGGGGGAGCCCCGCAGGGCCGGCCCGCAGAGAUUGUGUCGCCGCUCGCCAUGAGCCGCUCCCGGAGCAGCGCCUCCCCACCUAGAAAAAUAAAAACCUAAAGCGGGCAGGGCUCUGGAGCCCUCGGCAUCCCCGGCACGGGGGAGUGCGUGUGUGUGCGCGGGGGGCUCCCCGCGGCCCCGGCGCCCCCCGCAGCUCCGCAGCGUGCGGGCAGCGAGCGCGAUGCGCCCCGCGCUCGCCUCUGCGGAAUAGCGCGGCCACCGCUCGCCCUCCGCGGGCUGGGGGCGCACGGACCCGACCGCUGGCCAUUCCCUCUUGAUGUCCAUGAAUGCAAACACCAUGAUUUUCAUGAUCCUGGGCGCCUCUAUCGUUAUGAGUUGACCAGAUGCCUUGGUUAUGGGCUCUUACAGGCAAUAGCUUGCUUGAUGGACAUGAAUGCGUUGUUGGACAGAUUUCACAAUUACAUCCUACCGCAUCUGAGAGGGGAGGACCGAGUUUGUCACUGCAACUGUGGAAGGCACCACGUCCAUUAUGUCAUCCCUUACGACGGGGACCAGUCCGUGGUGGACUCGUCGGAGAAUUAUUUUGUGACUGACAAUGUGACCAAGCAGGAGAUCGACCUGAUGCUGGGACUUUUGCUGGGCUUUUGUAUAAGCUGGUUCCUGGUGUGGAUGGACGGGGUUCUGCACUACGCCGUGCGCGCCUGGAGGACCAGCCGGCGCUAUGACAACUCCUGGUCGUGGAUUCCCAAGUUCUGCAACCUGAAGGAGCUGAGGAAACGCCACCACCGGCAGUACGAGGAGGCCACCGGGAACAUGGUGCACAUCAAACAGAAGCUGUACCACAACGGGCACCCCAGCCCCAGGCACCUCUGAGAGCCUCAGGGGGAUUUUAAACCACACAGGACUCUGGGGAACAGCUCUGGGUGCCUCCCAGGCCAGCUGAGGACACGGAUUUUUUCGGGAUCCAUCCACGAUGCACAACUAAGCCGGUCCUGGAUGCUCUGCAGCCAAGGCUUUGCACUGUGUUCCACAUUUUAUUGUCAGACUCGUGUAUAUAUGUAAAAAAAAAACCCAACAACGACAAAAAAAAAAGCAGACAAAAAAAAAAAAGGAGAGAGAAAAGAGAUUUGCAUUAUACUUUCACCCCCCCGUUUUCCUGCACAUCCUGCUGGGAUGGAGUGGGAGCAGAAGAAGAGGCAGAGUCUCCUCCAGGAGCUGCAGCCCCGUUCCUGCCCUGCCUGGGCUCGGGUUUGCCCUGCUGGGGCUGGGCACAGGUUUGGGUUUGGAUGGGGAAGGAAGGGCUGGGAAUGUGGCAGGGAUUUGUUGGUGUUGUUUUCCACUGGAAGCUGCCUUAAGGAGCCAAGCUGAGAGCAGGGGAGUGGGGCUGGGGGCUCUGUGGGGGCUC